AUGCCUGGCCGCUGGUUCACUGCCGCUUCGGAGCGCAGAAACAAGGCACAUUAUGCUGGCGGUGCACUUCUGCGUAGGCUGAUGAGUACAGCCACCAGGCAUGGACCACUUGCCAGUGGUUUGUGCCGCUCAAUGGGGUUUAUGUCCAUUGAAAGAUCUCCCGUGCUUUUCUCACCAUUGCUCUUGACGGCUGCACGUGGCUUUGGCCAUCUCGUGCGUGAGGUGGACCCUCACGGGUUUAAAGGUGACAUCCAUGCACUGCGCCACAAAAACUCGGCGAGUACCCAGCGCUAUGUUGCCGAGGCUCUUGCCUCCGAGGAGAACAUCAUUUUCUGUGGUGCCUAUCAUACAGGCAAAAUGACAAUUCUUAGGGCCAUCGGUGAGGUGUGUGAAAGGAAGGGGAAGAAGGUGGUGUAUGUGUCUGCGGAUUCACGACGUGCUUGUCGCAUAGACGGAAUGCUGCUGCAUCACUUCCUCGGACUGCGCUACUUUGGGAAAAACGAGCUUCCGUCGCAGGAUCAACUUGAGGGCGCUUUGGGGCGUCAUGUGCGUCUGUGCGAGUCCACAUAUGCCUCUUGUGUUCCCAGCCUGGCGACGGCGGAUGUAUUUAUUUUUGACGCCGUCGAUCAAAUAGCCCCCACCAUCCUCACCUCCAUUGACCGAGUUUGCCGGGACCUGCGUGGACGCCCGAGAGAGCCGUUUGGUGGCCUUCGCGUUUUUGCCGCCGCAGACUUUUGGCAUCUGCCCGUACACCCCAGCAGCGACACGGGCGGCUACGUUUAUCAGCUGGACAACUGGGAUGAGCUCUUCCCGCGGCAACGGCUGUUGGAGAAAAUUCACGGACAGGCACGGAGACUCACGUCGUUGGUUAACAAGGCGUACUUCGGUCUCCUCACACCGGGUGAUAUUGAAGAGCUGGAGGCACGAUCCGCGACGCGAGGGUUGACUGUGGGGAAGGAAGACGAAAGCCGAGGGGUGGAGGAUGCAGACGGAAGUGAUGUUGAUGAUGAGGAGGAGGACGGUGCUUCCAACGAGUCGUCUUGCGGGAGUGGUAGACGUCACAGUAAACAUGAGAGCAAUAAUAACAAUGAUAAGAGCAAAGAAAGCGGCAGUCUUUUCGCCGGCCAUGUUGCGUCGUUGCCACCUCAGAAAUUAAUCUCCAACGUGGAGGCUAUCGUAAAGUUUACAUCUCGUUUUCCGAAACAACCAGCAAUUCGAGUAUUACCACCUCGUUUUCGUACACUGAAGCGGACGGAGAUUGGGAAUUACGUUGUGAGCAUGUUGUUGCAGUCUUCUCUACUCUCGUCGUUUUCUCUCGUUGACUCGUUAAAUCUUGACGUGGGAUCAUCGGUGCAUCUCUUGUUAGGUGCUCCGGCUUCCUUUGGUGUGCCCCCGGGUACCGUGGGUGAGGUGCUGCAAGUGAAGGAACACGUGCUCGUGGUGCACUUUCCAUCUGUACAUCGCACCGUCGAAGUGCCUCGAAUGCGUGUUAGUGUUUACCACUCUUUUUAUCCCGAGGUACGUUACGAGAUUCAACAAUUCCCAUUAUUCCCACGGCAAAAUAUCUCCCCAUUGAAUAUUCUAAAUUACCAACAUGCAUACAACGUAGAUAUUGAUUGCCACCGUCUUGCGGAUACAAAUGAUCUUGGAAAUAUUCUUGCUCGUAUGCGCUCUUUUGAUGACUUUAGCAUUCAGCGGAUACAAGACUUUGUGCGUUUGGACGGAAUGAUUCAUGAGCCGACACGUAUUUAUUAUCAACGCAUUUCUAACCGUCCACUUUCUACCGCUGCCGAGCAGUGGUGUCGCAACUGCAAGUCAUAUGUGCCUACCAAUGAAUUUUACAGCCAUUGGAAUGAAUGCAUCCGACAGGUUCGAUGGUGCAGCGAGUGUAACACACGUAUUCCGCUGGAGCGACUGGAACCACACCAGGAAAAGCAUCAGAUCGUUCUUUGCUUAGAUUGUGGCAGAGCUGUGGAGUGGCGGCGGUGGGAAGGCCAUCGGCUGACAUGUUCUGCGAUGAUGCGAGAAGUAUCACCGGAAAAUGAGUUUCUGCCCCUUCGCACACGUCAACUUGCAUUGGAGUUGGGGCUGGACAAGCGAGACCUGCACACCAUGCGGGCCUUCAGCCGCAGUUUACUUCCCAAGUCAAGGAAACACUGUAGUGGGGGCAGUGUGUGA